UGUCUUUGAAUUCGUGACCAGACUUCACAUUGAGGAACGGAGGUGAGCAAUAAUCACGUUCCCCGACGGGCCGAAAAUUUCAAUGAUUUGCCAGAGAGGCAUGUUUCUUUCACAUCGGAAUGAGAAGGAAUUAGUUUGCCAGGGAUUCCCACAUCUUUCAAAAUGACUUCAGCACAAGGAGAUGCACAUACGAAUGACGUCGACGUCGUCUGUCAAUCUGAACCAUCCACAUACUCUCUGGAUCCUGUCGACUACUUGCCAAAUGAAAUCCUAUGCAAGAUAAUUGGUUUUCUGUCGGUAGAAGACUUGUGUCACCUGGCUGUAUGCAGCAAGGCAUGGAGGAAUGUAACCAACACAAACAGCCUUUGGCUUCAUCUUUGUAAGCUGAGAGAUUGGGAGCGUUUUGGUACGGAAGUAGAUCUCCGCAAAGAGAAGCCAAUCCACUCUACAGAGACCAGGAAAUGGGGUUCCAUUCCAACCUUUCAGGCCGAGUCGGUCAUUACUGGCGACUGUAACGUGAAGGAUCUUGCACCAACCUGUGAAUGGAAGGAGGUUUACAUGAGAGCUUGGCAUCUGGACAGGAACUGGUCAGAGGGGCGUUACCGGGAGCACCAUGCCUAUUUGCCCGUUCGAACAUAUUACAAAGCGAGUAGUGUGGCAAGUGAUGGCAGGACAUACGCGGCUGGUGAUUACUAUGGGUUCGUGCGACUGUUGGAUUUUAACAGUGGACGAUUUCUGCGGAAGUUUCAAGCCACCAAUUCAACCAGAUCACAGAUCCUGAAGAUCAAGCGAGCGUCUAUGAGCAGGAAGACUAAAACGGAGAGUGACAUUGCCAUACAUCACAUGCAUCUGAAGAAUGACAUUGGAGUUGCUGUAUUCAAGGGAGGUAUGCUUGUAUUUGAGGGCAGCACAGGCAAUGCUUUGCGACGGAUUACUCCGAGUAAGUGGAGUGACUUUGAUCGAUAUUUGCCACGUAAAUCAUAUUUUGAAGAAAAUAAAAUCAUAGUCUCUUAUAAUUGGCUUGACUUCCCUUUACACAUUUGGGAUAUCAGUGAUUUGGUUGAGGGUGUAGAUAAUGGUGCAUGUACAGAAACCAUACUGCACACUGAAACUUCAGAAGAUAAUCCACAUCCAGAAGCAUCCUACCACUUGUUGGGUUGUCAUGGACACUUUGUUAUCACCUCUAGCUUGAGCCAUCCUGAAUUCCUUUUUUGGGAUACGAGAACACCAGAAAUUAUAAGGAUAUACAAAGGACACAAAGGCAAUGUUUCAUGUGGCCAUCUUGAUGAAAACACUAUCAUGACUGGUGAUAAUGCUGGUGAGGUAAAAGUGUGGACAACUGCAUCUGAUGUUUGCAUGAAAACACUGUCUGAAUUCCCACCUGAAGUCUGUCUGAAUUCCCAUUUUCAUCACCGUCGAAUCAACACGGUACAGUUCACUGAUAAAGUGAUUGUUGCCGGCAGUCAGUCCAGAAUUGUAGUCUGGAGUCGCGAUGGCAUACUACUGAACAUGGAAGACGUGGAAUUGCGGAGUACUAGCAUUUGCAAUCGACUUGUCACGUGUACCCGAUCGCCAGAACUAAUUUCUGUCUGGGACUUAUCAACUGGUAAACGUCUUUACCGCCAUGAAUUUGAAUUGGGACUGCUUGACCUUCUAUACACGGAUGACACUAGGAUUGUCGUUCAAGUGGGUUAUAACAGGCUUGUUAAAAUGUUGCAAUUCUGGUAGUUACAUGAAAAAGCUUCGGGAUCAAAAUACACUAACUUUUCUUUUCUCUCUUGGCAUACAGUGAGUAUCCAAAAAAAAGGUCAUCCAUAACAUUUGGUUAAUGUGUAAAACGUAAAAAUGUUUACACCGUCAAAGUUGCUUCAUCUUGAAGGCCGAGUAAAAGGAAAUGCAUAGGUUAUCGUCCGGGCUUUUAUAAUAAAAAUGAAGGAGGCGGGCGCGCUUUGCUUUUUUUCCAAGAUGGCGGAUUUUCCAAUUUUGCGGAUGGAUUCUUUCUUUUUGCUUGACUGUUUUGCUGGAAAUAACAAAAUUGUUUUCAAAGGAGCCAAAACUCUUUCUAUAUGAAAACAAUUUUGUUGGAUAAAAAAGACAAUACAUGUAUAGUGGUAACACAUGUGCAAAAUAUUAUUGGAAACGUAACAAAGUACCACCCCCCCCCCCACCUUUUUAAGUUGCCUUAUUUGCACCUAUUUAGUCACGGAUGACGGAGCAUCUUUGAUUUCAAACAGAUGCAAUAAAGCCACUGUAUAAAGCAAAUUGGAUUUGGAUGAUUGUUCUGCUGAUACAAUCUGUAUCAUGUAAAUGUGGACACUUUCUGCUUUGUUUACCAUUUGUCUGACCACAUAAGUGUACAGAAUAAAAAUCAGUGACAAAGGGAAUAUAUAAAUAUCAUGUACCUUUAUCGUAAUGCCGUGGAGAACAUUUUAAAACUGUAUUUGUUAUAUUUUUGGAAAAGUACUUGUGUGAUUUGAUUAAUUCUUUUACUAAAAUAAAUGUUUACUUGGAAUUACACAUCCUAGAUCUGAAAAGUGAUGCAUUUGUACAUACAGGGACAUAUUGGGCUAAAUUUAAGACCAGAGGAUAAAAAAAUUCAAUUUGUGUUAAUAAUUAUACGAAACGUCUGUUUUUGUUGCCUAAAUAUCGGAACAUGAACGCGUGGUGUCAUAAGCCGGUAUGCGGAUACCGCCAUCUUGCUGAAGAUCUCCGAAGAGAAAUGUUAGCUAGGGAAUCUGGCGAUUUGUGCCACUUGUGCCCCACAGGAGAUCAGCUGUUCAUAUUUUGUUGCCAAAUUUGGCGGUUUAAGUCAAUAAAAGCAAUAUGUAUUUUGAAGUUCGAUGAUUACUCAAACAUUCUAUCUUAUGUAUAGUUACUUUUUACCGGCCAUUUCUUGCACUGACUGUGAAAAAGUUGUCAAUUGGUCCCUAGUCGGGUGACUGUUUUUCCACCCACUUCCCCUGUGCAUAGGCCUAACUUCCUAAUUUGAAACGUGUAUACACUCUAAAAAAUAGUUGCUCAUUAUUGGGUAAAAUUACUACCUUUUCGAGAGUAAAAAGGGAACAUGGUCGUCAACUUGUGUACUUUUUUUUGCACAACUAAAGUGUAGAAAAGUACCCAUUUCUGUGUAACUUUUACCCAUAAUUGUGUUACGUGUUUGCACAACAAAGUUGGGUAAGAAAGUUUACCCAUGUGACGACCAUGUUCCAUUUUUACUCAAUUAUUGGGUAAACUUUACCCAACCCUCCUUUUACCCAAGUGUUGUGUCAGUUUCUUACCCAGAUAUUGGGUUCUGUUUUUUACCCUGCACUGUUGGGUUCUAAAUUUACCCAUCACUUGGGUUGUUUUUAAAUUAGUUGUUGUGUACCUUUGUUAUUGAUCCUUGCGGUUUUAUUCAACUUUGAACUCUGCAAUGUGAAUUGCAUGCUAGAGACAGCAAUCGUGAGGGAUUUCAACAACUGAGUCCUGGGUUGGAAAGUCAGUAAAAUGAAUAAGAUGAUAUUUCCCCAAAUAUGGUGCUGAUGCAUGAGGACUAUUACGAGGAGCGUGGGCUAAAUAAUGGGCAUGGGUGUUAGAAUUUCCCUGAAUCAACUCAUUCAAAAACAAUUCCCCAAAUGUUUGUCACUUUACUCCGUCUUUCUAGAUCUGAGAACACUCAUUAUACGGCACAUGAAAUGCAUGCAUCAUGUGCAUGGAAUCGUGGUUGGCAGAGCCGUGACGUCCAAGUUGCAAAUAAAUGUCUAAAUAAUAAGCAUGUCACUUCUCCAAUCUCCCCGAUAUUAAUCCUCAUACAUCAGCAUCCCAUUUGGAGGAAAAACACUGAAAUUCAUUUCACUGACUUACCUGGAACAAAGAAAUCACGUCUUCAAAAUCCCCAAAUUGUUGAAGGUCUCACAAGCGGCGGCCAUCUUGUACAUGAGUGAUGACGCGUGCACAAUAUUGGGUAAACGUUGUCACGUGUGUCAGUUUACCCCACACAGUGGUAACAUUUUACUAAUGUCGUGGUAAAUUCUACUCUUCCACGUAUACAAUGAGAGAAUUGUUACACAGUGGUGAGGUAAAUCCAGUUUCUUUAACCCAUCACUUGGGUAAUAAUACCAUGAUUUGAACUUUUUGCCUGUGCUGCAGGGACUUGUAGUCAAUGUUGGGUAUUAUUUUACCCUUUUCACCUCCUUUUUUUAUAGUGAUAUCACCACUCGGUACAGGGUGAUUAAGUUGCAUUGUCAUGAUUGUGAAAGUUUACAAUUUGUGACCUGUACUUACUUUGCCAAUUGAAUGUUGAAAUAUACCUUUCAAUAAA